UUCCAAAUACUUACAUGAUCUGAGUUGCUGUUGGCGCUGUGAUAACACACAGAACUAAAAGUAUAACCUGAAAUGGAUGCCGCCAUGAUGGAAACAUCCCUAUCAAUCCCGAUGCCCCCCGCGGUUGCAGGCACGCUCCUCAAACGCAAGAUCUUCUGGGAAGUGUAGGCGGGGACUUGACCAGCAAGCAUGGAGGACUCCACAGAAGGCACACAUGGCUGUGGAAAGACCUCAGACACGGAGGAAGACAGAUGCGCAGAUAGCGAUUUCGGACCUUCAAAACUCGGAACGAAAGAAUAUUGGGAAGAAUGCUACCACAAAGAACUUGAGACAUUCAGAGACAUUGGGGAUGUUGGUGAGAUAUGGUUUGGAGAGGAAAGCAUGAGCCGUGUGCUGCGAUGGAUGGACAGAGCUAAGAUCCCAGAAGAUGCUUCCAUUCUGGACAUUGGCACUGGAAAUGGAGCCUUUUUAGUUGAACUGGCUAAACACGGAUACAGGAAUCUGGUGGGUAUAGAUUAUUCUCCAGCAUCUGUAGAAUUGGCCAGAAAUGUUCUGCAGGCGGAGGACUUGAUGGAUGUCACUGUAAAGGAGAUGGAUUUCUUAAACUGUCAAGGGGAGCUAAAGGACUUUGACGUCUGCAUUGACAAAGGAACAUUUGAUGCUAUAAGUCUGAACCCACACAACACCGAGGAGGGCAAAAAACUCUAUGUCCAAGCUUUAAAAGAUACUCUUAAGGACAAAGGAUUCUUUGCUAUCACUUCCUGUAACUGGACAAAAGAGCAGCUGCUAGACAGAUUCAGUGAAGGAUUCGAGUUUGUUCAGGAGUUGCCUACACCCAGUUUCCAAUUUGGAGGCAAGACGGGCAACAGUGUGACAGCACUCAUUUUCAAGCGACAACAUUGAUUCACAUGACCCCAGAGGAUAUCUGGGGUAUGUUUUUAUUGUGUUUUUUUGUACCAUCAGUUCUGUAGGCUCUUUUCUGUUUAUCACAGAAAUUCAUACUGUCUGUGUACAUUAAGGCAUUUUUUAUACAAGAUCUGUUUAUGGAGGAUUCUUAUUAAAAAAAAAAACUUUGUGUAAUGACACAGUGCACUUGAGUGGGUCGGUUGUCUUGAGAUAAAUAAAUCAGGUUUUGUUGUGGUUCAGUUGUAUUAAUUUUAUACUGAUCCACGGUGCUGGAGACAUCUGUUAAAUAUGUUUAUGUAAAAUUAUUCUGUAAUGUUUGUAAUACAGUCAUGCAGGCAAUUAAGAUUAUAUGCUUCAUCCAUUUUCUGUUUCAAGAUUGUUUAUAUACAUUAAAAAUGUUGUUGCA